CUCAGAUUCCUCAAUAGACAUCUUCUUCACGGACGAGAAGGACGUGCUUCCGGUGACCAGAAAGAUCUUCCUUGACUCUCAUUCAAGAUGCAUAAACUUUCAACAAAGAUCCUCAAAAUUCACUCCAUAAUAAUAGCUUUCCUUACGAAGAUUGCCUCUCUUCGAAACAUUGCCAUCUUGUGUAUGGCGUUGAAGAUUCUUAAAGAAUCACGCGGCACAUUCAUACUGGAAUCAGUCAUAACAAUGGAAAUUAUGUUAUCAGUCUUCAGCAUAAUCUUCAGCCUAAUGCUACUUUAUGGCAUAUUCAAGAACGCGCCAGCUUUCAUGGUGCCCUACAUGGUGCUGAUGCUGUUCAAUAUUGUACGUUGUACAUUGAUCGUUCUACUACCUAUGGAUAAUAUUUCGACUGACAUGGAAAACACGGAAAACACACAGUAUCUGAGUGUCGUUUAUGGCAUUGUUUUCUUCUUCAUGACAUACUUUUUGCUUGUAGUAUGGGCAUACUACGUGCAGGUCAAGGAGUCUCUUGCUUGGCUUCGAGUUGUAGAAGCACCUCCGGCUUCGGUUUAAAGCCCUGAUCUCGUGAAUAUUUC